CUGCAGGACGCUCUGUUACUGCCCCGCUCGCACCCCGGACCCUGCCCUCCACAGAGGGGCAGGCUGCUGAGCCAGCACAGUGCCUUGUAGAUGGCUGAUUCUGACCCUGGGGAAAGAAACUAUGACAACGUGCUGAAAAUGCUGUCGGACCUGAACAAGGACUUGGAAAAGCUAUUGGAAGAGAUGGAGAAAAUCUCAGUGCAGGCCACCUGGAUGGCCUACGACAUGGUGGUGAUACGCACUAACCCCACGCUGGCCGAGUCCAUGCGCCGGCUGGAGGACGCCUUCCUCAACUGCAAGGAGGAGAUGGAGAAGAACUGGCAGGAGCUGCUCAAUGAGACCAAGCACAAGCAGUAGGCCCUGCUGCCCGCCCCGGGCCACCCAGCCCAGCUGCCACGCCACCACCUGCCUGUGCGGAGAAGCCACUAGGGGAUGGAGCUGGUAGCCAAAUACACAGCUGUGUGCACCGUACUUGCUUCUCAAUAAACUUAUUUUCAAGCACAA